CUUGUGAGUCUGAUAUCUCAAUGAUGAGAGGUUUUUCAAAUGGCAAUGUGGUUACUUGGUUCGGUGUUCUUCUCCUUUGUGUGACUGCUUAUGUGGGUGUGGCUGAUGUUGGCGUUGAUAAGGACGACAAGCAUUUUAUUCAUCCGCCGCAUUUGCUAGGACACGGCAUUUUCAGAAAAGGCUUUAGACAUGGUGGAGGCUUCGGAGGUGGCGCUGGUCUUGGAGGUGGCGGCGGCAUUGGUGGCGGCGGUGGCCUAGGUGGCGGAGCUGGAGGAGGGUUAGGUGGUGGAGGUGGUUUAGGCGGGGGAGCUGGAGGAGGGCUAGGCGGUGGAGGUGGUUUAGGCGGGGGAGCUGGAGGAGGGCUAGGCGGUGGAGGUGGCCUAGGGGGUGGAGCCGGUGGAGGUCUGGGAGGCGGUGCAGGUGGUGGCUUGGGCGGAGGGGCAGGUGGUGGUGGAGGUUUCGGAGGGGGUGCGGGUGGAGGAAUAGCUCAUGGUGGUGGUUUAGGUGGGGGUGCUGGCGGAGGUCUAGGUGGGGGUGCAGGUGGUGGUUUGGGUGGGGGUGGAGGUUUGGGUGGCGGAGCUGGUGGAGGGCUAGGACAUGGUGGUGGCUUGGGUGGUGGUGCUGGUGGAGGACUUGGCCAUGGUGGUGGUCUAGGUGGGGGUGCAGGUGGUGGUUUGGGUGGUGGUGGAGGUUUGGGUGGCGGAGCUGGUGGAGGGCUAGGACAUGGUGGUGGUUUGGGUGGUGGUGCUGGUGGAGGACUUGGUCAUGGUGGUGGCUUAGGAGGGGGGGCAGGUGGAGGACUAGGUCACGGUGGUGGUUUAGGUGGAGGUGCAGGGGGAGGACUAGGUCACGGUGGUGGUUUAGGUGGAGGUGCAGGGGGAGGGAUAGGACAUGGUGGGGGCCUAGGAGGUGGUGCAGGUGGAGGGCUAGGAGGCGGAGGUGGAGCUGGAGGUGGUCUUGGAGGUGGAGCGGGUGGUGGAGGAGGCGCAGGGGAGGAUUUGGUGGAGGUGUAGGCGGCGGAGGAGGUGUAGGAGGAGGAGGCGGGUUUGGUGGAGGCGCAGGCGGUGGAGCUGGGGGUGGAUUCGGAGGAGGAGGCGGAUUUGGAGGAGGAUUUGGCGGAGGAGGUGGUGUCGGAGCAGGGGUUGGAGCUGGUGGCGGCAACUGAAGUGAUCGAUCAAUCCAUUUAUAUGUGUAAUACUACAAUUGGCACAAUAUUACUUAACUGGUGAUUCUGAUGUGUGAAGUAUUUAGGAGUCAUCCAUAUUCUUUGGAAUUAAACGAGUAAGUUGCAAGUGUGGUCUGUGAAUUAAUUGCCAUUGGCGUCUCAUAUAUAUAUAUAUAUAUAUAGAUCUUAUUUACGAGCGUACGCUAUUUGUGAUGACCCUGCAUGCAAAACCCAAGCUUCUUUUUCAACGUGUAAUGCCCUGUUCUAUUCCUAAUUCUAAUGAAUAAUAUUAUCAAUCCUGUUUCAAAACUGUGCAGUCUCCUAUGCGAUGACCUGUAUACUCAUCUGUGUGCCUAUCUCUCUUCAGUUCAGCAGAGGACGUACAGAUAAUUGAGGCUAGCUAGCCAUGUAAUAAUCCUUCGUUCACGUAAUGAAUAAAACGUGUGUGUGAGUGUGAUGCUUCCCUAAGUA